GGACUUUAAACUUCCGGUUUAAAAUGGCAGCCAAAAUUUUUCGGCGAUUUGGUCGGGCAUCCUUUCCUGCCUUGAUCCAGCGUAGUUUCCACUCAACACGACCAGUGGCAGGGACGAUGCUGACAGUAAGGGAUGCCCUGAAUGCUGCUAUAGAUGAGGAGAUGGAGAGAGAAGAGAAGGUCUUCCUACUAGGAGAAGAAGUCGCUCAAUAUGAUGGGGCAUACAAGGUCAGUCGUGGAUUGUGGAAGAAAUGGGGAGACAAGAGAGUCAUUGACACACCAAUCACGGAGAUGGGAUUUGCAGGACUGGCAGUUGGUGCAGCAAUGGCUGGACUUCGACCAAUUUGUGAAUUCAUGACGUUCAAUUUCUCUAUGCAAGCCAUUGAUCAUGUCAUCAACUCUGCGGCAAAGACUUACUACAUGUCUGCUGGCGAGGUACCUGUGCCCAUAGUAUUCAGGGGUCCCAAUGGUUCAGCAGCUGGUGUUGCAGCACAGCACUCCCAGUGUUUUGCAGCAUGGUACAGCCAUUGUCCAGGCCUCAAGGUCAUUUCUCCCUACAGUUCUGAAGAUUGCAAAGGUUUGCUGAAGUCAGCAAUACGUGACAAUAAUCCAGUGGUAUUCCUUGAGAAUGAGCUGAUGUAUGGAACAGCAUUUGACAUGUCUGAUGAAGCCAUGUCCAAAGAUUUUACCAUCCCUAUUGGAAAAGCUAAAAUAGAAAAAGAAGGUAAUCAUAUAACAAUAGUCAGCCAUUCACGAUACGUGGGAAUCAGUUUAGAUGCAGCUAAAGAACUCGAACAAGCCGGAAUAAAUGCUGAGGUGAUUAAUCUACGAACUGUCCGUCCUCUGGAUGAAGAAUCAAUUGUGAAGUCAGUCAUGAAAACUAAUAACCUCAUCACAGUUGAAGGUGGCUGGCCCCAGUGUGGGAUUGGAUCAGAGAUCUGUGCAAGAAUUAUUGAAAGUCCAGCAUUCAACUAUCUGGACUCCCCAGUUGUCAGGGUAACAGGGGCGGAUGUCCCCAUGCCCUAUGCUAAGACUCUUGAAUUAAAUGCUGUACCACAGGCCCAUAAUAUAGUGAACACUGUCAAGAAAGUAUUAAAUGUACAAUAACAGACCAUGCAUUUAUUAUAAUGUAUUCUUUCUAAUAAGCGCACAGAUUCCAAAUUGAAAUUUAAAAGGGUAAAAUAUUGAAAGAUCACGCUUGCAAAAAAUAAUCUUUUUAGUUGUUAUUACUAAGGUUUAUUUUCUGUACUGCUCCUGUAUUUAUUAAAUAUAAUCAUCAAUUGAUA